UCAGCUCGAAUGCGCCCGUGGUGCUGACAGCUUUCCUGCACUUUGAUCGCGCUGCUCUCAUUCUGCGCCGGUUAGAGAUAAAGUUAUGGAAGAACUCACGGGAGCUCAGCUUAUUGCUGAAUCACUUAAGGCUCAGAAUGUGGAGUACAUGUUUGGCAUCGUUGGGGUUCCUAUCAUUGAGGUUGCCAUGGCCGCCCAGGCUGCUGGUAUCAAGUAUGUGGGCAUGCGCAAUGAACAAGCGGCCUGCUAUGCUGCUUCUGCAAUUGGAUAUUUAACUGGACAUCCAGCAGUGUGUUUAGUGGUGUCUGGACCUGGGCUGAUCCAUGCUCUUGGUGGAAUGGCGAACGCUAACAUGAACUGCUGGCCUGUGCUAGUCAUCGGAGGCUCCUCAGAUCAGAAUCAAGAGACAACUGGAGCAUUUCAAGAAUUUCCGCAGGUAGAAGCCUGUCGGCUUUACAGCAAGUUUUCAGCCCGUCCAGGGAGCCUGGCUAUGAUACCAGCAGUAGUUGAAAAGGCAGUAAGGAGCAGUAUUUAUGGCCGUCCAGGAGCUUGCUACAUAGACAUCCCUGGUGACAUGGUGAACGCAAGAACGGACCGGAAAACUGUUAGGUUUCCAUCCUGUUGUCCUCCUCCUCCAGUGAGCCUGGCCAGCAAUCACGAGAUCUCCAAAGCUUUCACGGUGCUCAAACAGGCUCAGAGACCACUGCUCAUUAUUGGCAAAGGUGCAGCAUACGGCCGGGCAGAAAAUGAAAUUAAAGAGCUCGUGGAGCUGAGUGGGUUGCCUUUUCUGCCCACUCCAAUGGGAAAAGGAGUACUUCCUGAUGACCAUCCCAACUGUGUGGCUGCUGCUCGCUCAAGAGCUCUGCUGCAGGCAGAUGCUGUAGUGCUGCUGGGGGCCAGAUUAAACUGGAUCUUGCACUUUGGAUUUCCUCCCAGAUUUAGCCCUGAUGUGAAACUUAUUCAGGUGGAUUUAUGUGCAGAGGAGCUGAGUAAUAACGUGAGAGCUACAGCAGCACUACUGGGAGAUGUCAGGGCUGUUGUCAGCCAGUUGCUCAAAACUUUAAGAUCAAACAAAUGGACGUAUCCAGCAAACACAGAGUGGUGGAUAAACCUGAAAGAGAAAAUGGCUUCCAAUGCUCAGAUAUCAAAGGCUCUUUCUCUCCAAAACACUCUACCAAUGAACUACUACACAGCAUUCCACCAUAUUGCUGAACACCUACCCAAAGACUGUGUCAUCGUGAGCGAAGGAGCCAACACCAUGGAUAUUGGCCGCACCAUGCUGCUCAACUACCUCCCCAGACACAGGCUGGAUGCAGGGACAUUCGGCACCAUGGGAGUGGGACCUGGCUUUGCCAUUGCAGCAGCAGUAUUAGAGCAGGCCCAGCACACAGGCAGAAGAGUGGUGUGUGUGGAAGGAGACAGUGCGUUUGGCUUCUCAGGCAUGGAGGUCGAGACCAUGUGCAGGUAUAAGCUGCCAGUUAUCAUCAUUGUCAUCAACAACAAUGGCAUAUAUAGCGGUGUGAAUACAGAGACAUGGAGGGAAAUGGAGAAGAUGGGAGACAUGACCGUCAUAGCUCCUCCAGUGACACUACUGCCCGAGGCACGUUAUGAGCAGGUAAUGUGUGCGUUCGGGGGCCGCGGCUAUCUGGUCAGGACAGUAGAGGAACUGCGCACUGCCCUACAGCAGAGCUUGAGGGACACAACCAACCCGAGCCUAAUUAACGUGCUCAUAGACCCAACCUCAGACCGAAAGCAACAGGACUUCCCCUGGCUGACCCGUUCCAAUCUGUAAGGAGUUCUGCUGAAAUCUCUUUCUCCUCUUUGCUCUGAUGGACAGUAGCCAGUUCUCUUCCUAAUAACAACUCACUCAGUGCCUUGCUUUUUUCCAUGAUAAUAAAAAGCACAAAAUGUAUUGUACAGGGAAGUGGUUGUGGCGCAUGCUGAUUCAACAGUGAGCUUCUAAAUGUAGACAGCAGAACUGCCCAAUCCUGUCCUUUAUGUAUUUACCUUCAUCACCAGAUGUUUUGUAAUUAGUGAUAUUUUUAUAACAUGGGGCUCUUUUUUAGCAACAGGCCUGACCUGUGUUUAACCUGUACUUAUUGAAUUAUUGAUCAGUUAUCUCUUUAUCUCUUUAUGUAAUGUAGAAAAGCCACAUUUGACUUGACUAGCAAUAGUUCUGAAAUAGGAAAAGUCCAGACAAAGCAGCCCUUAUAUAGAUUUAUACUUCCCCCAUAACACAAUGAGCCCCUGUAGAAGUUGUGAAUCUGUUGUGUUGAUGGAAUGAGUGUGUUAAAUCUGGUCCAAUGCUAAAAUCUCUAUGUGGUAGCCUUUAUGGGUUGUAUUAUGAUGCCCAGGUUUAGUGGUAAAUUACUAGGAAGUCGUCUCACGUGUCAUGAAAGUGUGUGUUGGAAGUGUGAAAGACCAGUUCAGAACAAUAAAACCUAGAUGACACUCUUAACACUGCAAACACUUACAUCACUUGGUUUUAAGUUGAAUAAUUUGCUGUAUUUACAGCUGUAAUUAUGUAUGUCUGUACUUUUUAAGUAUUACUUUUUGAUUCCACGGUUGCCAUGUCUCCACUGUUAGGCUGACAUUUUGAAAAAUAAGGAUGCACAGUUUCUUGUAAUAUCUUGUGCGGGUGGACCUAAUGUCACUGUGUGCUAUGGGGAACGUGCUGUAAAUUAAAUGUGAUUAUUAAAA